AUGGCCGUCAAUCAAUAUCUGGAUCCGUCUGGUGCUCUUCAGAAUGACACCACCAAGCUUGCUCAACGUUUGAAGAGUGUGCAAGAGGCUGUCCGAGACAAGUUCUUUUCUGCAAUUCGCAAAUGUGGCAUCCAGGUACCCAAGACCGAGUCUGGUGACACCAUUGACAGUGUCUUUGAGAAGCUGACACUCAACUACACAGACACCAUAUCAAUAAUCAACAACUCUGACCACAUAUUUGAUAAUAUGUUACAGUGCCAACAGUUCACCUCGAGACCCGCCCCAGAGGCAGUCGUUCAGAAUGCAGAGGCAAUCGAUCAAGUGCCAGCAGCACCUGCCAAAAGAGGACGUGGUCGUCCUCCCUCUAAGCCAUCCGCUAACCUCACAGCCAAGCCCGACGCCAAGCCCGCAGCCAAGCCCGCAGCCAAACCUGCCGCUCAAAGUACUACAUCUAUAUCCAUUGACAAUUCAACAUCCAUGCCGUCAACCUUCAAUCAUUCAAUCAAUCAAUCAAUUCAAUCAUCACAUGACAUCAACAUCGACGACAUCAACAACAUCAACAACAUCAACAACAUCAACAACAUCAACAACAUCAACAACAUCAACAACAUCAACAUCAUCAACAUCUAUAUCCAAUGCGCCGACAGAGCUGAGUGA